AAUUUGGCUGAAUUUUUUCGUAAAGCCACCAAAUUUCUACAACAUAACUUGUUUGCUCCAAAGCGUGUCGGUUAUUAUGCAACUAAAAGCCGCCCAUCUUUACAAGUGUGUUUCCGGCAGAAACAUCGAAUAAUUAG